AUACAAUGUGUUGUGUGGGCUGCAUCGAAAGCGAGGGUAGAUACAGAUGAAGAAGAAAGUUCUGAUGAAGACGACGAAGACGCGGAGAGAAACACACCAAACGAAGAGGGUGCACUGUUGGAGACGGAGAAAGAGGUUUUAAGAAAUGUGCAGUUGACCGAUCUCUUAGCUGUUUACGCGCAAAUCCCCGAGACGAAGAGGCCACUGCAGGAGACGAUAACGGGGACCAAAUCGUGGAUGCCGAUGAUGACGAUGACACCACACACGCGUUAAAGAACUCGCUCGCACAAACCUUACCGGGGUCUUUGGAUAACCGUCACCUCAGUCUCUUACUGGAAAAGCGUUUACAGCAAAACGAAGAGAGGAUGCGGCGGGAGAUGCAACGGCACGAGAGAUUUCAACAGCGUCUCAGAUCGAAGGGCGUCUCCGAAGAAAAUGUACGUUUACUACCCCACGAUCCAAACGAUCCCCUUCCCACGCCGAUAAGAAAUGAUCUGGCCACUCACGAACAGAUGAAAGCCGGUGCGGAUCGAAAAGAGAAGAAGAAGAGGUCAAGGGAAGCAUUCCAGUCACCAUGGUUGAGGAAUACAGAAUACAUGGUCACCCUGGAAUCACGUAUUUCGCCUGACACGAGAGACUCAAUGGAUGCCCUGCGUGAAAUCCUAGAAGAAAAGCUCAAGGACCACCACAACAACUUAGGAACUCUUGGAUGCCAGGAAGCCCUUGCGGAGAGGAAAAAGGUCUGCGUGGAGCUGGAACUGUUGAGAAAGGAAGACCAACACUUGGUGAAAAGCCUCUCCGAAGCGCUGCCAGUCCCGAGCUCGAGCCAGAGAGAAGAAAUGGAAGAGGUAUUAGAGCAAGAAAAACCGAGAACGCCGAAUUACUUGCUCCACGACAACCAGGAACAAUAUGGCACGCAGUCGCCGUGCACGUUCAGCUACGUUACUGGAUCUGACGAUGACAGCGAAAAUGACGAAGCGACAUUUUUCAUGACUCCUGUCCCUAGC